AUGUUCUGGUCCGCCCUCCUCCUAGCCGCUCUCACCGAAGCGGCACCCCAGUUUGGCGGUGGUGGCGGUGGAAAUGCCGCGACCAUGCUCCGGUUCGGCUGCUCCCAGCUGGUCAUCGACCGGAUCGACCCGCUGGUCAACCCAGGAGUGCUCCCGUCGCCGCAUAUGCACCAGGUCAUAGGCGGUAACACCUUCAAUGUGACCAUGCCCACGGACGAUAUCGGGGAACUGGCGAGCUGUACUACGUGUAGUUACUCAGACGACUUGUCCAACUACUGGACGGCGAACAUGUACUUUCGGGCUAGGAACGGGAGUUAUAAGCGUGUGCCUCAGAUUCCGAACCGGCUUCUUUUCGGUGAUCAAUUCACCACCCAAACCAACGGCGGUUUCGUCGUCUACUAUGUCUCGCCCGGCAAAGGUGGCGUGACCGCCUUCAAGCCUGGCUUCCGCAUGCUAGUAGGCGACGCCGCUCAGCGCGAGAAAAUCGGCUCCGGCCGCAAAUCCCAGACCUGUUUCCGCUGCUACACCGGCCCGAACUACGGCGGCGACAACGCAGCACCCUGUGCCGACCCCGAUCUCGACACCGAGGGGUUGCCCAACAAACAAUGCCAUGGUAUUCGGUCUAAUGUGCUGUAUCCUACCUGCUGGGACGGCAAAAACCUCGACUCGCCCGACCACAAGUCCCACGUAGCCUACCCAAUCGACGGCGCCCCAGCCUUUACGGGCUCCAGCGUCGGCGGACAAUGCCCGGACACACACCCGGUCAAGAUCCCGCAAAUCAUGCUCGAGAUCGUCUGGGACACCUCCAUCUUCAACAACCCCAACGACUGGCCCGAAGACGGCUCCCAGCCCUUCGUCUUAUCAACAGGCGACACGACAGGCUACGGCCAACACGGCGACUAUGUCUUUGGGUGGAAAGGAGAUUCGCUGCAACGGGCUAUGGAUGGCGGUUGCUUGGGGGCCAGCUGUACGGGCAUUAAUACCCAGACCAUUGAGGAGGCGAAUAAAUGCUCGAUUCCGACUAGGGUUGAUGAGGAUGUUGAUGGGUGGUUUGACAAGCUGCCGGGGAUGACGAUGCCGAUGUAA